CGCCCUGCCCGCGCCCCUUAACGGGGCCCACCGCCUUCUCCCUCUCCCUCUCUACCUCCCUCCCUCCCUUCGUUCGGCGUUGAAGAGAAUACGAGCGAACCCACUCCUUUGAUCUGACCACUCUUUAUGAUUUCGAGAAUCCCAGUUUUCCAAUUUCUUCUCUUCCCAGCAUCCAAGUCGUCGAUGCUGCUUCGGCUCGAGGUGGUACGACUUGGAAAAUACAGGGGUUGACGUUGAAUUGCUAAUUUCUUUUUCACGAGGUCAACACGGACAAGUUUUUAAUUGUGGUUACAAAUGUUUCGAGGAUUCAAGGUGGUUAAUGCUCGAGAAGUACAUUAUUUAGGAUUACCGCCCAAAGUUCCGAACACCGAAAGCGGAGGCAUCCGGUCGAUGAUUGGUGUAGGUUGCCAGAGUCCAGAUCACGCAGGACAGCUUCGGUUCCGGAAGGGCAUCGUCGGAUUGCAUCGGACCAACGUCGAUCGUUUCUGUUCUAGAGCUUGCGAAGUGCGCCAAGACUUGACCUCAAGGCCAGCGAAACGUACGACAAAGUUGUUCAGAGAUUCGGAAACUGCAAACAUAUUUGUAGGCCAUUCCUGCCCUUUCUGCAAGCAGAUCGAAUACCUCGAAGUUCAACUUUCUACCAGCUCUCAAAUCGAAGCCGCUUUUCACCCUUGGGAUUGAAGCACCUUUCCAAUUCAGGGAUCCACGACGCUCCUUCACAUUUCAGUUAAAUAUGUUUCUAAGUCGUAGACAUGUCUUUGACACCUUGUGUCGAAGACUUUGCCUAAGUUUAGGUCCAAAAAUUUUUCCUUGGCCAACUGGCAUAUAGGUCAAAUUGAAGGUAUGGUC